GGCCAGUGUAAGAUCCACUUAGGGCCCAGCUGCAGCCUGGGAGCCUCCGCAGCCACUGAGGUCUGUGCUGGUGGAGAGUGCGCGCCUGCAGGGGGCUGGGUAUGCCCUGCGGCAGUGCCCACUCCCCAGACCUCAGCAUCCUGUCAGCCUGGCCGGGCUGCACUGAGGAUCUGGAUUGAGGAGGGACUCGAGUGUGCCGGGGUCCAGAGUGUCCUGCUUCUGGCAUGCAGGGUGGCCCUGGCCUGGGGGAGCCACCCUCUUCUCCCUCCUCUUUCCUCCAGAGGCUUCUGUCCCUCCCACCAGACAGGGGACAGAGAACCCUUCUUGGGCUGAGAAGGGGACCUGGCUUGGCUUUGGGUUUCAGCACCUGCUGUCCGAGGAGCUUUCUGGCCAUGUUUUCUGAGGCCUGGAGCGGACACGGCCUAUGGCGUGGCUGGGUGGAGGACCUCAGCCACCCAGAUAAGUUCCCCUUAUCCUAACUGCCAUCAGAGUUGUUCUAUGCAAGGCAGGCCCUCCAGACCAGGGCCCCUCCUGGUGCCUGGAUGUGCUGGUCGUAGGAGGUGGGGGGAGCUGCCUGCCCCCCAGGGAUGCUUCGGCCUGACCCAGAGGGUCCGGGGUUGGACCCUGAAGUUGUCCCUCUGCCAUACCUGCCGGCCUCACGGUCCGCGGGGUGGGUCUCACCCGGUUCAGGGCAGGGCAGGAUGCUGUUUCCAGCCGGUGAAUUCUCCUGAGGCUCAGCUGCCGGGAGCGAUGGCUCCAUGGCGUGAGGGUUCUGAGCAGCCCUUGGAGGGGGUUGCUAUGGCUACACAUCCCCAUAGUCUGUGUCACUUCUGUAGUUGGAGGAGUCACCUGCCCUCCCCAGGAAAUGAGGCCCAUCCCUAUCCCACCUGCAGCCUUGUCCGUUGGGGGUUGUCCCCUAAUGGCCAUGACUCUGCCUGGGCCACUGAGUGGUCUCCUGGGGUCAGGCAUUGUGGCUGCAAGAGUGGUCAGGGGCCUCCAGCCCAAGGUGUGUGCCGUGGUUGGUCUCUGAGCAGGAGCAGCUGCAGGGAGCUGUCUCCCCUGCUCCUGGCUGCCCCGUUGGCCUUAACGCCCACCUGGUGGAGAGGUGGUGCCUUCUGGCUGCCCAACUGCAAGGGAAUGAGUGUGUCUGGCAACAGGUGACUUAAGGGAGCUCUGGCCUGGGGAGUCACAGGCAAUGUGGUGGUCCUGGAAGAAGUGACCUCGCAGCUGAGGCCCCAGCCCCCCGCAAAGGGGCACGUGCGGCAGGGGCUUGGGUGCCACCCAGUGACUUAGUUUCCCAGCUGCUGUCCCGGCGGAAGGCGCAGCUGCACGCAGCCGAGACCCGGGAGCUCUCCUGGCGCAGUGCUCAGCCGGGCAGGGGGACUGGGGUGCCGGCCAGGGCUGCUCCUGCUAGGAGCGCGUCCGCGUGCAGGGCGUGCGCGUGUUCCGGCCGCGAGUGGCGGGGCUGGCGGCGGCGGCGUGUGCAGCGGGGGCGGGCAGCUCCGUGACGUGGCUCAGAGGGAGCAGAGCGGGCGGAGCGGGCGGGCCGGGGCGGAGCGGAGUCGUCCGCAGAGCAGCCCCUCCCGGCCGCGGCCGCCGACCCCGGCCCCCGGCCCGGCCCGGCUCUAUGGACAGGAGCUCGCUGCUGCAGCUUAUCCAGGAGCAGCAGCUGGAUCCUGAGAACACAGGCUUCAUCGGAGCUGACACCUUCACUGGCCUGGUGCACAGCCAUGAGCUGCCCCUGGACCCGGCCAAGCUGGACAUGCUGGUGGCCCUGGCCCAGAGCAACGAGCAGGGCCAGGUCUGCUACCAGGAGCUUGUGGACCUGGUCAGUGCCACGAUCAGCAGCAAGCGCUCAAGCAGCUUCAAGCGAGCCAUCGCCAACGGGCAGCGGGCACUGCCCCGGGACGGGCUGCUGGACGAGCCAGGCCUGGGUGUCUACAAGCGGUUCGUGCGCUACGUGGCCUACGAGAUCCUGCCCCGAGAGGUGGACCGUCACUGGUACUUUUAUCGGCACCGCAGCUGCCCGCCCCCCGUGUUUAUGGCCUCGGUCACCUUGGCCCAGAUCGUUGUGUUCCUGUGCUACGGGGCCCGCCUCAACAAGUGGGUGCUGCAGACCUACCACCCUGAGUACAUGAGGAGCCCCCUCGUGUACCACCCCAGCCACCGUGCCCGGGCCUGGCGUUUCCUCACCUACAUGUUUAUGCACGUCGGGCUGGAGCAGCUGGGGUUCAAUGCGCUCCUGCAGCUGAUGAUCGGGGUGCCCCUGGAGAUGGUGCAUGGCCUGCUCCGCAUCAGCCUGCUCUACCUGGCCGGCGUGCUGGCAGGCUCCCUGACCGUCUCUAUUACCGACAUGCGGGCCCCUGUGGUGGGGGGCUCCGGCGGGGUCUACGCCCUGUGCUCAGCACACCUGGCCAACGUUGUCAUGAACUGGGCUGGGAUGAGGUGUCCCUACAAGCUGCUGAGGAUGGUGCUGGCCCUGGUGUGCAUGAGCUCCGAGGUGGGCCGGGCUGUGUGGCUGCGCUUCUCCCCACCACUGCCUGCCUCGGGGCCGCAGCCCAGCUUCAUGGCGCACCUGGCAGGUGCUGUGGUGGGAGUGAGCAUGGGCCUGACCAUCCUGCGCAGCUACGAGGAGCGCCUGAGGGACCAGUGUGGCUGGUGGGUGGUGCUGCUCGCCUACGGCACCUUCCUGCUCUUCGCCAUCUUCUGGAACAUCUUCGCCUACGACCUGCUGGGGGCCCACAUCCCCCCACCGCCCUGAGGGGCUCCCGGAGCCACACAGGCUGGGGCAGAGGCAUGUACGGCCGGCCACCAGGCGGGCCUGCAUGUGCACCCUCCGUGAAUGUACAUCUGGAGGCUGCUGCUUCUCCCCUGUGGGGGCGGGUGGUCCCUGUGGUCCACUGAGUCUAG